UCUUUCGUUCUUGUUUACCGGCUGAACUGUGUUUUUUGUUUUUCUUUUUUUUUUUUUUGCUACUUUUUAUAAUCUAUAACUCGGAAAUUUUUAACUAAAUUUCCUCGUAGGAGUUUUGUAAAUUGUUCGCAACCUCGAAAAUAUUACGCGAUGACGCUGCCAGGAAAUGAACGCAGCUUGUUCUCUCUGCCAACGCUCUAUUUUCAGAAUCUUGUGAUCGUAGUGUUCGGUUUUGUGAAAAGCAAAUAAAACCGCGCGCUUCUAUUCUCUCUUUGCUGAAAUCCCUGUUUUUUUUUUGCCCUAUGUCACGCUUCAUUUUUCACUAAAUAAAUAAAAAAUAAACUUUCCCUCUCUGCAUGCUGAAAAAUUAACUCUUUUUUUUCUGUUUUUCUGCGAGCACACUCUAUUGACAGUGUGCUCUGACAAUUUGUUAUAAAAGUGAACAGUGCUCUUCAUUAUCAAAACACAAAGGUUGCAAAUAUUGUGGCUUCAAAUAAUUAAGUUAAUAAUUCAGUCGAUUUCCAACCUUUUGAAUUUCUCUAAAAGAAAGAUAGGAAGACUACGAGAUAUCGCUAGAAUAAAUCGAGCAAUGAAAAUGCUGAAUAAAUAAUAUUGAAUUUUGACUGAGAACGAGUAAUUGAGUUGCUUUUGCCGACAACAAGGAACGUAUUGAGAGUAUGGGGGCGUUUUUGGAUACACCGAAAACGGAAAAGUGCAAUGAACAUGGGGCAGGAAAUGGUUUACGAUAUGGAGUUGCCAGUAUGCAAGGCUGGCGACUUGAGAUGGAAGACGCUCACAAGGCCAUUACUGGCCUCGACGGUGGACUCACGGAUUGGAGUUAUUUUGCCGUGUUCGAUGGUCACGCGGGUGCGCUCGUUUCCGCGCAUAGCUCCAAGCACCUACUAGAAUGUAUAAUGCACACAGAGGAGUUUAAAGCUGAGAAUGUGAUAAAGGGAAUUCACUCUGGCUUUCUUCGGCUCGACGAUGAGAUGCGAGACCUUCCGGAAAUGAGUUCUGGCAAUGACAAAUCAGGCUCGACCGCAGUCUGUGCAUUCAUUUCGCCGAGGAAUGUCUAUAUAGCGAAUUGCGGCGAUUCAAGAGCAGUUCUUUGCAGUUCAGGAAAUCCAAUAUUCUCGACGCGAGAUCAUAAACCGGGUCUACCUGCUGAGAAGGAGAGAAUUCAAAAGGCUGGCGGAAGCGUCAUGAUACAAAGAGUUAAUGGCUCUUUGGCAGUGUCGCGUGCCCUCGGCGAUUAUGAGUACAAAAAUGUUGAAGGCUGUGGGCCAUGCGAGCAAUUGGUCUCACCUGAGCCAGAGAUAUUUGUCCUCGAUCGACAGGACGAGAAUGACGAGUUCCUAGUCCUUGCUUGUGAUGGAAUCUGGGACGUCAUGACCAAUGAGGACCUCUGCAAUUUUAUACACUCGAGGCUCCUAAUUACCGACGACUUGGUAGCUGUCACCAAUCAAGUCAUAGACACAUGCUUAUACAAGGGCAGCCGAGACAAUAUGAGUAUAGUUCUGGUAACCUUCCCAGGAGCGCCAAAGCCGAGUCCUGAAGCGCAGGAAAAAGAGACUGCACUCGAAAAGGCCCUCGAAAGGAAGAUCAAAGAAAUCGUUGAGCAACAGGAGGGAAAAGAGAACUUCGACUUUGUUCAGAUGCUCAAAUUUCUUCUUUGUGUGGAACUACCGAAUCUGCCACCUGGUGGAGGACUUGCUGCAAAGCAAACGUUUAUUGAACGUGUAUUUCGAAAAGUUUGUCCCAGCAGAGCAGACAGCGUAAGUUUUGGAUGCGAUUAUCCUUCGUUAUAAGUAAAACUCUCCUGUCUUUUUAUUAUAAAUUUAUAAAUAUAAACAAAAAAAAAAAAAAAAAAUCCGUGCAUCAAAUGUACAACUACAAUAUCAUCAGUUGCAUACCACUCACAUUUUUCAGAUAACAUGUCAUUUGUGAACAAAAUUUUUUACAAUAGUUAUGCCUCCUUGACAUUGAAUUUUAUAGAAUUUCUUCACAAAUUCAUGUCUGCUUAUUGAAAAUAAAAAAAUAGAAAAAGGAACAAAUUUAAUUAAAAAAAAAAAAAUCAUACAGUUACGGUAAAGAUUUUUUAAAAUUCUCUGAAUUCUUUCCAAUAAUAAUAAUAAUUACACCCCUCCCGCAAAAAAAAGGCAGACAUGAACUUUAAUUUCAAGUUAUGCUUGUAAUGAAAAUUAUUGUUUAUUGAAUGAAAGACAAAACUAAAAUAGAGGAGAAAACAAAAAAUCGAAAGUCCACGUAAAUGUCGUAUUAUUGUUACAUUGAUAAGUUUUUCGAGAAUUUCUUUUUUUUGCAAGUGCAUUGCGGAGAUUAAUUCGAUAUUUAAUUAUUAAUGAAUUUUAUAAUCUCUGCUCAUAUGCAUAUUAUGAAAAAAAAUAAACUUUUAUCAUUUUACGUUAAUUUCGACGACAGUACAACUAUAAAUAAAUAAAAAAAUAAAUAUAUAUAUAUAUACAAAUCAUAUAUUAUUAUAUACAAAGCAAUUUAUCAUGAGGGUUUGCGAGAAAUUAUUCAUCUCAGAGAAUUUUCAUGAUCCCGAAGGAGAGAAAGAAAGAGAGAAAAAAAAUCCUUAUCAAUGUCCGUAAAAAAAAAGAAAAA